UAGCCAUUCAAGGACCAGGCAGGAAACAGACAUGGCUCGUGGACAAAUGUUGUCGGCUCUGUUGGUGGCUGUGUUGGCCGCCGGCUGUCAGCGAGCGAUGUGCGGCCACGCCCACUCGUACGCCCACCAGACGGGUCCCGUGGUGGGUCCUGCCCACCCAGUCACCGUGGAACACUCCGGACACGUGGGCUACGGACACGGACACGGAGGACACAGCGUCGACUACGUGGCGUACCCGAAGUACGAGUUCGAGUACGGUGUGUCUGACGGGCACACAGGGGACCACCACUCCCAGAAGGAGCACCGCGACGGAGACGUCGUGACUGGCGAGUACUCGCUCAAGGAGGCGGACGGCAGCGUGCGCACCGUCAAGUACCACGCCGACAAGUCCGGCUUCCACCCCGUCGUACACCACUCGCACCAUGGUUACGGUGUUUCAGCGGGCGCCGCUGAAGUGGGACCGCGGCCAGGAUACGCACACUACUGAAGGCGUCGUACCUGAAAACACAGAGUUACAGAAUGCAGGACGUCCUUAACACGAGGCGAAGCAAUAGCUGCGUAGUGAACUCGUAAAAGAUGACAACUGCUGGACUAUAUUACGAUGUGAAAGGAAAUAAGAGAAAAGCCAUUGCUUUUUUGGCAUCCAGACAUACAGGUUGCUCAGAAAUAGUCUGAAAAGCUUGUAAGGGUGUUGCAGGGGAGGCUGUGCUGGGAAAUAAUUGUUAAGAAAUAAAUUCGAUGUGUUGCGCUGUUACCGAGUUUCUUAGCAUUGAACUUAGGCAAUUUCGUCGACAUGCGAGCAAAUUCAAGCACUUGCACGAGCUAAAAUGUGGAAAUGCACAGACAUUUGUGGGUGUGUAAGUUACGACUUGUUGAAAUGCUCAUCACCAAUUAAAAUGUGUCUUUUUCGGAAGUGAUAAAUUUAAGCUAAAUGAGGAGAGGCUACGUUUGUUCGGUUUGAGGAAACUAAACGACGAACACGUUUAGCAACGCUCUCUGGCAGGCUAUUUGAAUUUGCGCGUGCAACGGCUGAUGGGCUAACUUUAGUGCUAAAUAACUCGGAAAUGUCGCAACGUAUGGAAUUUUUUUUAACAGCUGUAUCGCAGCACAACUUAUCCUGCAACACCCUUACAAGCUUUUCAGGCUGUUUCUUACCACGUUGUACGUUUAGUCUGAGUGUAAGGCAGUAAAAUCCGUGUCAGUUUAGGAAUUACCCACUUAACGCGAAAACCUACAUUCUUCAGUGUACACGUUAGAUGAAACUGCAUUGUCGUAUGGUUACCUUCCGCAUAUAGUAAAUGAACACUGUAAUAUAUUUUUUAUGAUAAUUUGAU